UCCAGGGUUCCUCCAGGGUCUGUCUAUCUCCAGGGUUCCUCCAUGGUCAAUCUAUCUCCAGGGUUCCUCCGGGGUCAGUCUAUCUCCAGGGGUUCCUCCAGGGUCAAUCUAUCUCCAGGGGUUCCUCCAGGGUCAAUCUAUCUCCAGGGGUUCCUCCAGGAUCAUUCGAUCUCCAGGGGUUCCUCCAGGGUCAGUCUAUCUCCAGGGGUUCCUCCAGGGUCAGUCUAUCUCCAGGGGUUCCUCCAGGGUCAGUCUAUCUCCAGGGGUUCCUCCAGGGUCAGUCUAUCUCCAGGGGUUCCUCCAGGGUCAGUCUAUCUCCAGGGGUUCCUCCAGGAUCAGUCUAUUUCCAGGGAUUCCUCCAGGGUUAGUCUAUCUCCAAGGGUCCUUCAGGGGUUAGUCUAUCUCCAGGGGUUCCUCCAGGAUCACUCUAUUUCCAGGGGUUCCUUCAGGGUCAGUCUAUCUCCAAGGGUUCUUCAGGGAUUAGUCUAUCUCCAGAGGUUCCUCCAGGAUCAAUCUAUCUCCAGGAGUUCCUCAGGGGUCAGUCUAUCUAUAGAGGUUCCUCAGGGGCAAGUCUAUCUUCAGGGGUUCCUACGUGGUCAGUCUAUCUCCAGGGUUCCUCCAGGUUCAGUCUAUCUCCAGGGUUCCUCCAGGGUCACUCUAUCUCCAGGGGUUCUUCAGUGGUCAGUCUAUCUCCAAGUGUUCCUCAGGGGUCAGUCUAUCUCCAGGGGUUCCUCCAGGGUCAGUCUAUCUCCAGGGUUCCUCCAGGAUCUGUCUAUCUCCAGGAGUUCCUCAGGGGUCAGUCUAUCUCCAGGGGUUCCUCCAGGGUCAAUCUAUCUCCAGGGGUUCCUCCAGGAUCAGUCUCUGUCCAGGAGUUCCUCCAGGGUCAGUCUAUCUCCAGGGGUUCCUCCAGGGUCAGUCUAUCUCCAAGGGUUCUUCAGGGGUUAGUCUAUCUCCAGGGGUUCUUCAGGGGUUAGUCUAUCUCCAGGGGUUCCUCCAGGAUCACUCUAUUUCCAGGGGUUCCUCCAGGAUCAGUAUAUCUACACUAGGUUCCUCCAGGAUCAAUCUAUCCCCAGGAGUUCCUCAGGGGUCAGUCUAUCUAUAGAGGUUCCUCAGGGGCAAGUCUAUCUUCAGGGGUUCCU